GGAAUUUCCCCUGCAGGCCAUAUAAAUUCUGAGCAUGAUGGGGCUUUGUUACUUCUGUGGACUUUGAUGACAGCACAUUUUCUUGUUUUUGGGUGCUGCUGUUAUAAUGAACAUCUACCAGACUAUUCUGUUCGUCACAUUAGCUGGAACUGUGGGAUCUGCUCCUCUCUCGCAGAAAUUGGACAUUAUGGACAAGGAUACUGUUGAACAGGCCCAUAGUUUCAUUAGCAAAAUUCUUGCAGAUAUUCCUACAACUCAUGCCGCCUGGAUAAACUACAAGAGUUUGACACUGGACCAGCCAUCCAGUGAUCUGCAGUUCCUGAAGAACUCAACGAUACCUGCUGCUCCUCAACUCAAGAGCAUCUCAGAUAACUUCACUCUGGAAAUGUGUCUUGCUCGUAUAGUGGAUGGUCUGAACUUACAUCUGAAUCUGUUGAAAGUGAUCAGCAAAGCACCCACAAUGAACCAGACAAAGGAGGUGCCCGAACUGCAAGCUGAAAUUCAAGACCUUCUGUACCUGAUUUUCGAGUUGCAGGAUCAAGCAGGAUAUGAGCAGGCAAUGGACAACCAGCUACAGACCCUCAAGCAUAGCCUGGCCGAACCUCUGAAAGAUGAAUUCAUGACUAAGAUGAUGGCUCACCUCACCUUGCAGCAGCUGCAGGUGUUCAGUUGCGACGUGCUGCGCAGUAUCCUCAGUAUCCGCAGCAGCACCUCCAGCAUGCCAGUCUCAGAGACCCCUAACACUGUGCAGCAAUGCGGAACCGCAGCAGGCCGAUGAGAGGUCUCGACCAGCGACAAGCGAUAAAAGUUUCUUUUAUUUGAUGGAGUAAUGUCCUCACACUCAUGUUUGUCUUUCUUUCUUCUGUGGAACACAAAGGGGGUUAUUUAUAGCAUGAUUCCCAAGUUGUUCUUUUUCAUACAAAGAAAGUAAAUGAUGACUGUUAGACAAGAUUUUCAAAUAAUUACAACUUAAAUUUCAGUUUUGUUUCUCACACAAAGCUAUCAAAUGACUUUAGAAGACUUGGAAUAUAGUACCAGAGUCGUAUGGACUAAUUUUAUGGUGCUUUUUGUCCUUUUUGGAGCUUGACAGCUCCUGGUCAUCAUUCACUUUAAUUGUAUGGAAGAGAGCAAAGUGAUUAUUCAAAAUGUAACAUUCUGUGUUUCACGGAGGAAAGGACAACUUGAAAUUAGAUUUUUCCUUUUUGAUGAACUAUUCCUUUAAUAGGCGGACAGACAAAUUUGCUAACUUUUUUGAUAAAUUGUUGCUAAACCCGUUACGACAAAGUGUUAGAAAUCAUCCUUGACUGUUUACUGCGGGCACAGUAGACCUUGCAUUUAUUUAUUUAUAUACAUUUUUUAUUUUGUAUCUGAACAUCCCCACCCCCCAUUUAUUAUUUCUUAAUUGAACCUCCCUUAAACUGGUGUUUCUUUGCAGUCUACAGCAGAAAGCAAACAGUCCCAGUUAGUGAAAUACUUUGUGUCAUACAGACUAUUUAUAAACAAAUGGAAAGAAACAUUAUUUAUUGAGCAUAUGCCCAUCCAAUGACCAUGAAAUGAGAUCAUGGUCAUUGGAUUGACCUCCUGAUCUCUAUGAGAACUACCUACUGUUUUCUUACAUCAUGAUAAUGUGAAUAAGUUGCUGAU